UAUUUAUCUGUGGUUAUCGUCGUUUUGCUGGGUGCGUUUACUAUUGUACGUUGUAAUUAUGAAUCUUUUCUUUAGUUUUAUUGAGUAAUAUCAUCUACGUUCGCUCUAUAUGACAAUUUAAGCAGUUUUAAAAGUGAAAUCCAAAGGAGGAUAUUGACCAAUGCUGCUGUAUACUGAAUAUGGCUGACGAAAGACUAGUGGUCCUGAAUCGUUGUGACAACUUGGGAUUUGGAUUUUCUUUGCUCGGUGAAGCCGGUUUGCCACAUAUUAUUUACGAAAUCGAAGAAAAUUCUCCUGCAGCUCGCAGUGGUGAGGUCGAAGCGGGAGAUGUACUGCUCAAGGUUAAUGGGACUGAUGUGAACCGGUUCACUACCCGAGAAGUGCUAAAAUGCUUGCGACUAUCGUCGGAUCCCGUCACUUUACGAUUAAAAAAGGACCCACAGAUCAAAGCGAACGUAAGGCGCUAUCUGUCCGCUGCCGCAGAGCGUCGCACUAGCGCCCCGCAACGCAUAAAACACGAAAAAUCAGGAUCACCGCCGUCUAGUAAUUCGAACAGCAACUCGUCGAGCAACUCGUCGAGCAACGGAUCGGGCGUUCAGUCGGGAGAGAGUUGCGAGGCUCUGUUGACUGAGGACAGAGAGAGGCGGCCUCGCGUCACUCAGCCUAAGUUCGAGGCCUACAUGAUGACCGGCGACCUCAUGCUCAACCUGUCGCGCGUGGAGCAUCCCCAUCACAACCACCACGCCCCCACGCACCGCACGCACUACCACAGAUAUAAUUCAACGCCCGCGUCACCGAGUGAAAAUCGCCUGGCCGCACGCGUCGAACUGUCGCAGCGGCACAACUCAUCGCCAGACACGGGUUUCGUCGGCGACCAUGCUAGCAAAAUGUUCAACUCCCAGCCCGCGUCCCCAGCGGGAGGUAACGCUUCCUCUGCAGAAAUGGCGACGCGCACACAACAUAUCGUACGGACUUCGAGGUCUGAGGAUCACUUACAGUUUCGUAACGCGUUAAGAGCAUGGCGUAAGUUCCAGAAGGAAUCGUCGCUGAGCGCGGUGGCGGUGGAGAUGGAAGAGGAUGUGACGUCAUCGCUCAAUACAUUGUUGGACGCGCGCCCCGACUCCGCUACACCCGCCACGUCCGCGCCACGUUCCGACUCCGACGAAAGAGACAGGAUCGUGUGGACGUAUAACGCUCCGAUAUCUCAAUGCAAUGGAUCGGCGGCCACGUCGAAUUCAACAUCCAUCUCGGAUGGAAUGUCACAACGCUCGUCGUCCCCGCUGUCGCCCACGUCGGCGUCGUGGUCGGCGCUGUCGCCGCGCGCCACGCCGCCGCACCGCGCGCCCGCGCCGCUGCCGCACCGCGCGCUCAACGGAGAUAUGAGCUUAUCCGAAGCGGUUUCGAAUAUAUCUAGUCCGGACUACCAAGACCAAGACGACAUGUUCGACACGGGAAGAGAAUGUCCCCGCAUGGAAUUGUCCGACCCGUCCGACUCCGACUCAACGAUACUAGUCUCUGAACCUUGCCACAAACGUGCGAAGUCUAACUCGACUUACUCCGACCACGGAAGUGACGUCACGCUCAACGGAGAUCACAGUAAAGACUAUAGAAUAGUUAUACAAGUGAAGGGACCAGAGAAGCAGAACGCUAAUUCGAAUGACACUGUAAAUAAUAAUAAUAAUAAUAAUAGUAACUACGCACAAAAUGGUAAAGAAAACGGUCAUAACUCGCCAGAAAAUCAAGGAUAUCAGGAGUUAUGCAGCGGUUCGGACGCCGGUUCGGACGAAGGCUCGGACGGCGACUCCCUGCACUCGUUCCACUACAGCCCGAAGGCCGUUGACAUUCCCUCGGCGGAGCGACUCGCGAAACGACUCUACCACCUCGAUGGGUUUAAGAAGUCUGAUGUCUCGAGGCAUUUGAGUAAAAACAAUGAAUUCUCGCGAGCUGUGGCCGAAGAGUACGUGAAGCAUUUCGAGUUCAGUGGAGCGACGCUAGACGAGGCUCUGAGGGCGUUCCUGGCGCGCUUCGCUCUCAGCGGCGAGACGCAGGAGCGGGAGCGCGUGCUCGUGCACUUCUCGCGACGGUACCUCGAGUGCAACCCUGGCGCCUUCAACUCGCAGGACGCAGUGCACACGCUGACGUGCGCCAUAAUGCUGCUGAACACGGACCUGCACGGCGCGGGCGGCGCCUUCCGCCGCAUGUCGUGCGCCGAGUUCAUCGACAACCUCGCCGAGCUCAACGACGGCGACAACUUCCCGCGCGACACGCUCAAGCACCUCUACCACGCGAUCCGCAACCAGCCGCUGCAGUGGGCGCUAGACACAGAAGCAGCACCGCCUAAUGGGGAAAACCGUUCAACAGCUCCAGUGGGUAGUAACCCGUUCCUAGAUCUACCCGAUCAAAGUCGCGCCGUCGAAUACAAGAAAGGCUACGUAAUGCGCAAGUGUUGCUUUGACGCGAAUGGGAAGAAAACACCUUUUGGCCGGCGUGGUUGGAAAAUGUUUUACUGCACUUUGCGCGAUCUAGUCUUAUAUCUGCACAAAGACGAACAUGGUUUCAGACGAAGCCAAAUGUCAGAUAACCUUCAUAAUGCUAUAAGAAUACAUCACGCACUUGCAACGAAAGCUACAGAUUACACGAAGAAACAACAUGUGUUUAGAUUACAAACUGCAGAUCAAGCGGAAUAUCUUUUUCAAACUAGUGACUCAAAAGAGCUGUGCUCAUGGGUGGAAACCAUAAACUUCGUAUGCGCGGCGUACUCUGCACCUCCAUUGGCCGGCGCCGUCGGAUCGCAACGAAAAUUUCAACGACCGUUGCUGCCUUGCACGCACACCAAAUUAUCUAUGCGAGAGCAGUUAACGGACCACGAAGAGCGCGCGGCGCGCUUAGAGGAGGAGUUGGCGGCGCUGCGGCACGCGCGCGACCACGCGCACGCCCCGCGGGACAAGGACCACUACCUCGUACACGAGAUAAAGAGGUAUCGUACGUACGCGUACGUGAUGCGCAUGCGCGGCGGCGGCGCGGGCGCGGAGGAGAGCGCGCCGGCGCUGCCCGAGCGCGCGGCGCACGCGCACAACCCGCCGCCCUGACGCGCCAUGGCCCUGUUCGCCGCCUGCGUGCUCUGAUGCUGCGCACACCCGCCCCGCCCCACUUCGCCCCGCGUGCCCCCUCGGCGAUAGUAUAACGCUGGGGGCGGAUUUACCAAAAUAUAAGUCAAGGAAAUGACAAAUUAAAAAAAAAAUGUGAGCAUAAUUUGUGCUCCGGCACGCGACAGGAGCACACGUCAAUAACUAUUAUUUACCGUUAGGGGCGGACUUAGGGAAGAAGGGAUAUAUCCGUGGGGCCUCCACAAAAGGGACAAAAUAGACUUGGGACAAAAACUUUCAAAUUCUAACAAGUAAACACUAGUAAACAACUUUUCGUUUAACUUUUUUUUCCGCUGUUUUACCUUCACCUAUAUAGUACUUUUUACAAACAUGAUUAUAUUGUUCUUAAAUAUAAAAAAAAAAAUAUUCAUCUAUUAUAACAAAACUCGGGUGAAAAAAAAUUGUUCAUUUUAUUUGGAAAAUAAUUUGGGAGAAAGGUUGUCCCAAGACCUCUAAUCAGUCCUGUGUAGGGCUCGUAAAAUUAACUCGAAGCCUAAGCUAGCGUCGUCGCGCGUCUCUAUAUGUGGUCAAUGAAUUGCCCCUUGCGAUCGUAAUGGUAAAUUGUGCGCGUGAGAGUGAAACCAAAGUGUCACAGUUGAUGCCCACCUAAAUUCAGUGUUAUUAAAGUGGAUAGUGAUCUAAUUAGUACUCAUAACGUGAUUCUUAUUUCUUUCUCAUUAGAUAUCAACUUUUAAUUAAAGUAUUUAAUUUAUUGUAACAAAUUGGGGAUAGAAAAUAUACCUCAUAUUACAAACUUAUAGUGUCACUCUAGUGAGAUAAUGAUCUUACUCAUGAUUAACAAUUGAAAAAGUGAUAUAUUGAUAAGAUGAAGUAUGAAAAUAUAUGUAAAUUGUCAUAUAAUAAUUAUUAAAAGUUAGAUAAAUCUAAUAAAUAGUUAUCACAAAAUGUCUUCAACAUUUACAGUUAUAGAGUUUUGAUACUGAUAAAGAAAUUCUUAAAAUGUUAAAAAAAAACAAUGUAUUUUAAAUUAGCUAUAAAUCAUUUAAUAAUUUUAUAUAUUCGUAAAAACUUAUUAAAAUCUAGUGUUUGUAAUGUAUCACUGGGACAUGUAUUCUGUUAGUAUCAAAAUUUGCUAUAACUGUAUUUGAAUGAACUUUUCAUGCAUCUCUCUCAAUAAAUCUCAAAAUACUUAUAAAUCAAAUAAAAAUUGUGGUAUCAAGUGGAUAAAAUUUUUUAUAAUAUAAAUAAAAUCACAUUUUAAAUAAUAAUUAAAGUUAGAAAAAAAAAAUACAGAAAUAUGGUUAAAUAAUCAUCGGUCUAGACAAUUUUUUGUAAUUCUUAAGUUUUUAUGUAAAAAAAGGUUUCAAAUUUGCCAUAAGACUGAAUGAUAUACUAACACCACAUUCCAUUGCGGUUAACCAAAAUAUUUGGGCAGAUGCACAAAAUCACACAAUAAAAAAACUUUUAUCUAUUGUUACUGGGAAUUAUUUAUGACUGACACUAGUGAGCUGAGUUAUUGCUCAUGAAAAUCCUAAACAAAUAUUUUAGUUCAUAACUUGUAGAUAUUUAUAUAUAGAUAUUGCUGCAAACAAUUUCUUACAUGUAUCAAUAUAUUAAUUUAAUUUUUUGAAAAGUUUAAGUAAUAAAAGAAAUGAAAGGUUGCUGUGCCUGGUCAUAAGACAAGUAGAUAGUAUAAAUUUAUACAUUGCAAUUUGUUUUUCAUAUAAUUGGUAACACCUUAAAUUGAGCAUUGUUUAAAGUAAAUAUGUGAAUUAUAUAUAUAUAUAUAUAAUAAAGCCUAUUCAUCUAGUCCUGUCUUCCUCCAAGAUAUCUUUUAUAGGUAAUCAUUAUUUACUAAUGACAAAAGCACUAAUGGAAAUGAAUUCUAGAAUUGAAGAACAUGAAUUAUUUAAAAAAGAUUUAAAUGAUAAGAUAUUAUAUUGAGAAACGAAAACAUGAAAUGUAUGUGCUUAUCAGCAAGUAUUAUUACUUUAAAGUUAUUCAUUAGUAUAAAGUAAUUUGCCCCAUUGUAUUCUAAAAAAUAAUGCUCUUAUAAAUGUUUAUUAAGUAAGUAACGGUACGAAAUCCAUGAAAAUAUGGUUUAAAUUACUCAAAGCAUAAUGAUUCUAUUUAUUAGUGUAUUUUUUUUUAUAAAUUGUUUACUUUAAAUCAAACAUUGAUCAUUCAGUAUUGGCUUUAGUCUAGAAUUUAGUAUGUUUUUUUUCUCUCUAUAGUUUUGUGGAAUUAUGUUUGAAAUUAUUUAUCAUUCCAUUUGUUUUGUCAUUAAAAAGUUGAACAGAACACUCUGUGGUGAUAGAACAUUUACUUAUUUUGUUUAAGUUAUGCCUUAAUGCUUUCAUGUAGAUGUAAUCAGUAUGUUACUUGACUUAGGGAGAAUUAAUUACAAUGUUGUAAAUAGAUUUUAAAGUGUUGAGACUGAUAAGUGAAGUUAUUUAUUUCUUGUAUAAAUCAACCAGUGUCAAAUCUUGGGGCUCAUGUAAGUUAAGCACCUAGGAUCAUGAUAACUCUUGAAAUUAUAAAGUAGUUAUGAUAUUUGUAUGUAUGGAGGGAAUCUUAAAAGUACAGAAUUAUAGUUUAAAUUUUCAAGCAA